AUGUCAGCAAUCAAAAUCUCGGAGGACAAUCCCUUCCAGAAGCUGAUUGCGGAAGCUAAUCACGAUCCGGCGCAAUUACAAUCCCGCUAUGAAAGCCACCGGGAAACUCGCAAUGAGCAACAGCGCACAGCGAUUUUGAGACCGGAAUUUGCGGGAUGGAAGCUCGAUGAGAUCCUUAUGCGCCUUGAUGGUCCGAGGAAAGAAGAGGGGUAUCUUGAUCCUCGGAACUGUCUUGUCAUAUGGGCGAGACCAUCUCCAGCUAUCCGCGAUUUGAUCGCGUUUGUGCAGGGGGAGUUGAAGAGUGUUGCUCCUUCACUCUGGACCAUGCCAGACGACUGUCUCCACACAACAGUCCUAGAAGUCGCGCACUCACUGACAGAAGGUGAAAUCGAAAACCUUGUUCAAACCCUGCAAUCAUCAGAAGUCUCUACGAGACAAAUCUCUGAAUACGCAGUCGCUCACCAGACUCGUCUCCUGAAGCCCUUGAUCAGCUUCGACUCCGCGGCCCUGGCUCUAACCCUCGUCCCAGCCGCCGGGGAAGGAGUGGAGGCAUCGCCAAGUGGAGAUAGCGACAGCUACAGCUAUCACCAUCUGCGCCGUGAUAUCUUCGACAUAACCCGGCAAGCCAAUCUUCCGGUGGCCUCGCGCUAUAUCGUGCCAUCGGCGCAUAUCACGAUCGGACGGUUCAUCACUGAUGAUGGGUUUGUUAAGGGGGAUGACGGGCGACAGGUUGAUUCCGCUGCUGUUAAGCGGUUUGUUGACAAGAUUGGCGAGGUCAAUGAUAAUUUGAAGAGGAAAUACUGGCCUAGUGAGGGUGGUAUACCUGAUGGAGGCGAGUGGAUUGUUGGGCAGGAAAUGGGCUUGGUCGUGAGGAGGGGACGGCUUUGGUAUGGGGGUGGUGAAGAUGUUCCACUUGGAUAG